CGCCCUCUGCAACUCCUUAAUGGCAAAUAUGUAGUGCAAGAGAGCAAUACCGGAAAAAAAAAAGAAGCUAAUGGAGUUUUUUCUGCUGGGUUACUUUCCUCUGCUUCUUCUGUUACCCUCUUCCCUGGUGUCCUCUUUGAACUCCGAUGGUCUUUCACUCCUAGCGCUCAAAGCAGCUAUCUCUACUGACCCAAAUCGAUUUCUUCAUACCUGGUCGGAAGAUGACCGAGACCCAUGUCAGUGGGAUGGAAUCACUUGCACUCACGGCCGAGUUACCGAAAUCUACCUUCCCAACAAAGGUUUCAAUGGCUACAUUCCCUCAGAACUCGGCGCACUCGUCUCUCUUCGCAUUCUCUCCCUCUCUCACAACAAUUUCACCAAACCUAUCCCUUCUAGGCUCUUCAAUGCUACCUCUAUUGUUUCUCUCGACCUCUCUCACAAUUCCCUCACUGGUCAUAUCCCAGACCAGAUCAAAUCACUUAAACACCUGAUUCAUUUGGAUCUCUCUUCAAAUCUCUUGAAUGGAUCUCUUCCAGAUUGUCUCAGUGACCUCCAUGAGCUCUCCGGAACUCUAAAUCUCUCCUACAACUAUUUUUCCGGCGAGGUUCCUGCGUCGUACGGAGGUUUCCCCGUCGCCGUAAACUUAGAUCUCCGGCACAAUAAUCUUUCCGGCAAAAUCCCUCAGGUGGGUUCUCUUUUGAAUCAAGGCCCAACAUCUUUCAUUGGGAACCCUAGUCUCUGUGGAUUCCCGUUACGAACUGCUUGCCCAGAAGCUGGAAACCCUACUCUUACCAUAAACCCAACAAACCCUAGAAAUAUAAACCCUGAUUUCUCUAAUGGAGGAUUUCCUCGACAACCAAGCUCGAAACCCAGAGGUAGCUCAAUGGUUGUUCCGAUAAUCUCAGGGGUUUCUUUCAUUGUUGGUGCGGUUUCGGUUUCGAUGUGGGUGUUUCGGAAAAAAUGCAGGUCCGUGGAGGGUAAAUUGGGAAAAGAGAUUUCGGAUAUGGAAGGUGAGGAUGAUGGGCAAAAGGGGAAGUUCGUGGUAGUGGAGGAAGAGGGGUUUGGGUUGGAAUUAGAAGAUUUGUUGAGGGCAUCUGCCUAUGUGGCAGGGAAGAGCCGGAGUGGGAUUAUGUACAAAGUGGUGGUGGGUAGAGGAUCCGGUGGUUCUGCGGCGGCGGUGGUGGCGGUCCGGCGACUGAGCGAAGCCGGCGGGGUUUUAAGGCUGAAAGAUUUUGAAACAGAGGUGGAAGCAAUCUGUAGGGUCCGCCACCCGAACAUCGUGCGGCUGAGAGCUUACUAUUAUGCGUUUGAUGAAAAGCUUCUGAUAUCUGAUUUUAUCCCCAAUGGUAGUUUGUACUCUGCGUUGCACGGUGGGCCUUCAAAUCUGUUGCCACCUUUAUCAUGGACUGCACGGUUGAAGAUUGCACAAGGGGCUGCGAGGGGUCUUAUGUGUAUUCAUGAGUGCAGCACUAGGAAAUAUGUUCAUGGGAGCAUAAAAUCGUCAAAGAUCCUUCUCGACAAUGAUCUCCAGCCAUAUAUCUCUGGCUUUGGCCUCAACCGUCUUGUCUCAGGCAGUUAUAAAUCUACUGAAAUAGCAUCUAAGAAGCAAGGCUCAACCCAAAUCACCGUAACUUCUGGGCUCGGGUUGAAAAGUUCAGUGGGUAAUUCUGCCGGUUAUAUUGCACCAGAGGCAAGAGUCCCUGGCUUCAAGUUGACACAGAAGUGUGAUGUCUACUCCUUUGGCAUUGUGCUUUUGGAGGUCUUAACCGGCCAACUACCAGAUACUGGGCCAGAAAACUAUGGAAAGGGAUUAGAGAGUUAUGUGAGGAAGGUGUUUCGGGACAAACGGCCCUUGUCUGAGGUCGUAGAUCAGGCGCUUCUGCAAGAGGUUCAGGCGAAGAGACAAGUCCUUGCAGCAUUUCAUGUAGCACUCAGCUGUACAGAAUUCAACCAGGAUUUGAGGCCUAGGAUGAGAGUUGUUUCUGAGAGUCUUGAUCGUAUUGGAUGUCAUUGAAUGCUGAAACUUUUCAGUUCUUCUCUUUGACUUAGAUGUGGAAUUUGGCCAAGAGGAAAUGGUUGGAUGAUUUGUUAAUAGUUAUGGUUUCCUGAGGCUUUUCUGUUUUGAAUGUCACUGAAUCCUUCUCCUUCAGCUUCA